AAUCAGUAUUAGACAAUAAUAAAACGUCUCACGGGCUCCAUUGUUGAGGCGGCAAUUCUCCUAAGAAAUAGCAGAGAGGUUGAGAUCGAGAUCGAGUUUGGAGAUCCAUGGGGAAGAGAAGAUCAAUCAGUCUCAGGGAGGCCUUUUUGAUCGUAGGCCUUCUCCUCGGCUGCCCCUGUCGUCUCUCGGCUCUGUCCGUCACCGUCAACGACGUCGAGUGCGUCUACGAGUUCGUCCUCUACGAGGGCGACACAAUCUCGGGAAAUUUCGUAGUCGUAGAUCAUGACAUAUUCUGGAGUUCCGAUCACCCCGGCAUUGAUUUCAUCGUAACUUCUCCAGCUGGUAACACUGUGCAUUCAUUGAAGGGGACAUCUGGUGACAAGUUUGAGUUUAAGGCCCCACGAGCUGGAAUGUACAAAUUCUGUUUUCAUAAUCCAAACAGAACACCAGAGACUGUCUCAUUUUACAUUCAUGUAGGACAUAUUCCUAAUGAACACGACAUAGCGAAAGAUGAGCAUUUGAGUCCAAUAAACGUGAAAAUUGCACAGCUUGGGGAAGCACUAGAAUCUGUCACAGCAGAGCAGCGCUACCUAAAAGCACGCGAAGUCCGCCAUCGGCAUACAAAUGAGAGCACAAGAAAACGCCUUACUUUCUAUACGAUCAUGGAAUACAUAGUGUUGGCUCUCUCGAGUGGGCUUCAGGUUCUUUAUAUUCGACGCCUUUUCAACAAAUCAGUGGCGUAUAACAGGGUUUAGACUUCAAAUGAGGACGAAAUCAUGUAUUAUUCUUUAGUGUCUUUUAUUUGCCACUUUAACUGGUAGCUGUUUAUUUUUGUUGCAUGGGUUUCCUUUACCAAACAUUUUGAUACUGAUGGUCGUCUUUAUUUAUAAUUCGAUUGUACACGGAUAAUUUAUGGGAGAGUAAACUUUGUUCGUUCAAAUGAGUAGAUAUUUUAACUGUUUCAAACUAA